UUGGCUGGGUGCUUGGAACGCGGGGAGUGACGGGUUGUUCUUCAAAGCCACUGCCAGGGUCCGGGCCGACAACGUGAGCCCCGUCGCCUCACUUGCACGUUUCCAGGCUGCCUCUGGGGCUUCGUGCCGCCCCACGUGGAGCUCUUCUGCUCCCCCCUAGCCCUAGCGCCCGAUAUCCGCCCCCAGGCCCCAUCGGUCCCCAUCCCCAGCACGGCCACAGGCCCUUGAGAUCAGCCCUCCCACUACCCCUUCCCAGGCCGGCCCUGGGCCCCGAAGCCCACCGGCCAUCGCCUCCAGCAGCCGCUUUUCCCCACUGCGAUCCGUGGUAGUGGUUGGUUACCAUGGUGAAGCUGGCAGCCAAAUGCAUCCUGGCAGGAGACCCAACAGUGGGCAAGACUGCCCUGGCACAGAUCUUCCGCAGUGACGGAGCCCAUUUCCAGAAGAACUACACCCUGACAACAGGGGUGGAUUUGGUGGUGAAGAUGGUGCCAGUUCCCAACACAGGUGACAGUGUGGAACUCUUCAUUUUUGACUCUGCUGGCAAGGAGCUGUUUUCUGAAAUGCUGGAUAAAUUGUGGGAGAGUCCCAAUGUCUUAUGUGUUGUCUAUGAUGUGACCAAUGAGCAGUCCUUCAACAACUGCAGCAAGUGGCUAGAAAAGGCUCGGUCACAGAUUCCAGGCACUUCCCUCCCAGGUGUUUUAGUGGGGAAUAAGACAGACCUGGCCGGCAGACGAGCAGUGGACUCAGCUCAGGCCCAGGCGUGGGCGCUGGGCCAAGGCCUGGAAUAUUUUGAAACGUCCGUGAAGGAGAUGGAGAACUAUGAAGCCCCUUUCCACUGUCUGGCCAAGAAGUUCCACCACCUGUACCGGGAGAAGGUGGAGGUGUUCCACACGUUGGCAUGAGGGCAAGUGGACCAUGCCGCAGGACAGCGCAGUGCUGCAUGAAGCUGGUGGUGGGCUUGGCUCCUUGGAAGACAAGAGAAGAUGGAAGAGCCUCUGCACUUGCAGUGUAUCGUGACAGUUUUAAAUAAA